CAUAGGUCAAACGAUGUCUCUAGGAUCGGCAUUGCUUCACAGGACGAGCGUGAGCACGUUGCUGGUUACAGCGUUCACAAGGUUACAAUUCUUAACCUUCCUGAAACGGCUCAAACAAGCGGUUUGCAUGAAGCAUCUAUGAAAAGUCCAUCUGUUACAUUUGGAAUGAGUUUCGGAGGUGAAACAAAGGAAUCUACUUGUGAGAAAUCACCAGUGCCUAUAUAUCCAUGGGUAAACGCAGAUGGGUCCAUAAAUAAAGUCGUCUUUGAUGGACUUGUUCGCCGUGUUCUAGGUACCGUGAUGCAAAAUCCCGGUAUACCUGAGGACGAGAUCAUAAACCUAAUGGAUGUACUAAAUCCUCAGAGCUGUAGGAAGCUUCUGGAGUUGAUGAGACUCGAUGGGUAUGUGAAAGUGAGGGAAAUGAUGCAAACCAAGUUCACCGGUCCUCCGUCUCUGCUAAACAGUCUCCUCAUAACCGGCCCCAAAAAACAGGAGCUUAUCAGCCGCAAACACUUGUUUGCCAACUCCAAGGGACUCUUUACCUUAUGAAUGUAGUAAGAUAUGCAAUGAUUCACUUUUGUUUUGAAGUAUCUUUCAAAACAAAGUUAAAUGUAAUCUUUCUUGGUCGAACAGCUUCCUUUAACCAAGUGUAAUAUUAAUCAUUAACCAUAGUGUAUGAUACAAAUAACUUCAAAUAAAAAAUAGGUUUGACUUAUUUAUUUA